GCUAUAAAAGGGCGUCGACACCGCGACAGAAAUUCGUGUAUGGCAUCACUGUGUCGAUGCUCGCUUCUCCUGAAUCGCCCGAUCCUCCAUUAUCGUCCCUCCAAAUCUCGCGGACUCUCCCCCGCCUCAGUCUCGCUCCACCUUCUUCACAAGCCCUGUGAUCUCGGCACGCGGAUUCGCUGCCGCGAUUCCGGUUCGCCGCCUUCCUCCGCGUUAUCGUCGUCGUCGUCCAUGGAAACUCCUCCCGAAGAUUACAGGCGGAACGUCGGCAUCUGCCUUGUCAAUUCCUCCAAGAAGAUUUUCGCUGCUUCGAGGCUUGACGUCCGUGACGCCUGGCAAAUGCCGCAGGGUGGAAUUGAUGAUGGUGAAGAUCCGAAACAUGCUGUCACGAGGGAACUAAAAGAAGAAACAGGAGUCUCAUCGGCUGAAGUUCUGGCGGAGGUUCCUUACUGGUUGACGUAUGACUUUCCUCCAGAUGUUAGGGAAAAGCUCAAAAUUCAGUGGGGAUCAGACUGGAAAGGCCAAGCACAGAAGUGGUUUCUUAUGAAAUUUACGGGGAAAGAUGAAGAAAUCAAUCUCUUGGGGGACGGCACCGAGAAACCCGAGUUUGGCGAGUGGUCUUGGAUGUCACCUGACCAAAUAAUUGAACUUGCAGUGGAUUUCAAGAAACCUGUCUACAAGGAAGUUUUGAGUGUAUUCGCACCGCAUCUUCAAUGAUGUGCCGCGAUGAGUAUUUACGUAUUUACAUCCUAGUCACGAAAGAGAAAUUGGACAAUAACCACUUGCGUUUGGAUGAAUACACGAUACUCUCCCACCAAUGAGUAUUUACGUAUUUACAUACCAGCUUUAUUUUACACUGUUGUACGUAUCGAACACCUUUACGGAAAUCCCACCAAUGAGUAUUUACGUAU